CACCUUCCUCUGUUUCCCUCCCUCAUCUUUCUCGCCUCUCUCAGUUCAGUGCAGUUAGGUGUGCUGAUACGUCCAUCAGAGUUCUUACUUUUCUCUCUCAAGAUGUCCUGGACAAUCUUUGUGCUCUCUUCACUGACCACCCUCCUCAUCCUCACCUUUUCCAGUGUGGACAGCGCAGCAGUCCGGGACAAUUCAAAAGCAGGCGAUACUAAAGGGGCAGCACCACAGGUGUUCAUGCCCGAGUCGGACGCCUCCAACUUCUUCAAGCGCCGCAGUCGCCGCUCACCCCGAUAUUACGCUGAGCUCCAAGCCGAGCAGAGGGUAAGGCUUGCUGUGAAUGAGCGGAGGAGGGAGUACAAUGAGGAGCAAAGGGACGAGUACGAGAACUACGUUGAGGAGGAGCGUGAUGAGCAGAAUGAGAGAUCGAGGGAGAAGAAUGAGCAGUUGCGCGAGUUUCACUACGAUGGCCUUUAUCCUCGCUACCACUGGUUCCACUGAGCUGUCGCAUGGAGGGCAGCCCCUCUCAUUGGAGCAGUGCAAAUACUGCCAUAAACUUUAACCUGUAGCAGAGAUGUUUCCUGACACUUUGAGGGCUUAAGUUCUCUGUAUUUUUCCCUACUUUAAUAAAAUAAAGGUUUUCUUUUC